CACUUACUACGUGAUUAAUCCGCGCCCCCGCCCGCGCCCGGCCCGCGGCCCUAGCCGCGGCCAGGCGUACUCGCGCCGGGUUUCCUCGUCCCCGCGUCUCAUGGCCACUCACUACGCACGGGGCUCCGCCGUAGUGCCGCCUGCCGACGCCAGUCGCGUCGCGACCUGCGCCGACAACGGACGCUCUGCGUAAACAUUUCGACUGUAUGAUAUCAUUCAUGCUAAUCUCCGCUCGUUGAUUUUCCUGCCCAGUGACCGCAGUGAAACCCGCGUCGCCGCGAGUGCCGAAUGUUAGUAGACGUCACCCGUGUAUUUUUCCGUCGGGAACGAAACCUGUUUGGAGUGACCGGCGCCUGCCUCGGAUGAGACCGGCGACUAGUGAACGUUGCUGUGACCCGUGGCCUGCGAUGCUGCGCCCGUGACCGUCUUGCGACAGUGCCACGAAACCGCGUCCGAUGAUCUCGGCUCGGCUCCCCGGUGAGGCGCUGGCCCAGCUGGGGCCGCUGGGGCUGUACCCGCCGCCGCCGCCGGCCGGCAUGGCGCCCGAGUUCCUGCCGCCGCCGCCGCGGCCCUACGCGCGCUACGCGCAGCGCCGCCCGCGCGACAUGCCCGCGCCGCCCGCGCCGCAGUCCCCCUCGUUCCCCAGCUACCCCACCUUCCUCCCGCACCCGUCGUACGCGUCCUACCUGUACCGGCCGGGCCCGCGGGCGCCGCCGUCGCCGGCCAACCCCUACCCCCUGCACCGGCCCACGUCGGGCUUCGUGCCGCCCGCCCCGGCGUCCCAUUCGCCGCCCGUGUCUGCGCCGGCGCCUCUACCUCCCGUCCACAGAGACGAGCCACCAAUUUCACCCGAGCGCGGUGCGCCGGCGGCGUACUUCUGCCGCGGCGCGCUCAUCCGCCUCGAAGAUGGCUCGCUCCGGCGCGUGGAAGAGAUGAGGACGGAAGACUUCGUGAUGAGCGCCGAGCACAGCGGGGACCUGGCGCUGACGCAGUGUACGCUGCUGCGGCUCGACGAGCGGGGCGACCGGCUAGCGCUCACGCUCACUUAUGAUAGGAACCGGGCACAGGUGGAGCUGGAGUCGACCGUAGAGCACCCAUUCUUCGUGUACGGGCGCGGCUGGGCGUCGUGCAAGCCGGAGCGCACGCUGGCGCGGUACGGGCUGCACGUGCAGCGGCUGCAGGUGGGCGACGUGUGCGUGUCGCUGGUGGCGCGCAAGCACGCCUCCGCUGCGCUCCCCACGCACCCUUCCUCCGCCCCUCCCCAGACGCACCCGGAGAACCUCAGCGUCAAGGAGGACGCCCGGAAAAGGCGGUGGUCCGCCUCCGACGUGCUCGAAGACGACCGCCCUCCUCCAAAGAAACGCUGAAGCGUCGUGAUCGCUCUAUCGUUUAGUUCAUUUCUUCCCGUAGUUGCGGACCGUGAGCCGAAUUAGUGAUCGAACGCUUCAUCUUCUCGCUAUCUAAACGAAUCGGCUUCGCAAUAUUCUCACGUGGAUAGUGACAAUAACCCAGUGAGUGAGUCGCGCGCCCGAGGGGCCGCGACCGUCCGCUAUACUAUCGGGAACUCUAGGUGCUUUUUACUGUCGGGUGCUUCUGUCGCGUAUGUGUACGACGAUGUAAAUAUGUAAUUAUGAUAUUUAGGUCAAAGUUCAAUGUUACACUCCAUGACUAACUAAAUGUAUCACAAAUAUGUGAACGAACGUUUGCGCGAUGCGUAGGAGAACAUAACAAUAUUUUUGCACGUAUCUAUUACCGACACGAAUCAUUAAUCGAACUGUUUUUAGUUUAAAAUUAUAUUGGAGUGAGAACCGAAAAACUUAAUGAGCACAAAAUAACAAUGUGUAUGUUUCUACCAGAUCUUAUAGUAGGUUAGAUUUUGUGAUAAACAAUGAGAUUUUAAAUCGCCAGUCCGUUGAGACGGCAUCGCAUAUUAUGUUAAACAAAGGUACAAUGAAUGUUUGGUAGGGUAGAUAUGGGCUUACGUGUUGAAUGGGGAAGAAUUUCCUUGCCUUUUCACCAUCGAGUGAGGCUGCUUUUCCACCAAAUAUGUGGCUAAUGCUAGAGGGUAAACGAGAUAAACACUAAACUGCAAAAAUGUGACUUAACUAUGGUUUUGCCCGGAGCUAAAUGGCAUAGCGGAGCGGGUAAAUGCGAUUAACUCGGUUCCAGCUUUCGUCUGUAGCUCGCAAUCCUUCACAAAAGACAUUACUUCGUUGUUUAAAUGGAUCAUACAGAUUAGCAAAACGCUGGCCUGUAGGAAUCUCUGGUAGAAAAGCGGUCUGACACUGUUGGGACAAACGUGGCCCACUCCCAUGGUUGUGACAGACAUAUCCCGGCUCGCGAAACAGGACAACCAUACACACCCUGCUACAAAUUUCCCCUAUUGGCUGUAGUAAGGACCCAACUUGGAGGUGGUGGCAAAUUUAUCUAACAAAUAAUCUGAUCGUGUUAUAUCGUAAUAUCUAUUCUAAAAAUAUAAAUAUAUAUGUACCUAUAUUAUGACGUUAGAUGUCAUCUCUAUUGUUUUUAGACGUCCAUGUGUAAUACACAUAACUUUUCUAUGAGAAGAUUGUUGUAUACAUAAUAAACACACAGUCUGUGAUAUUUUGUAGUUAUUGGUCAGAGUAGAUAUGAAGUAUUGCUUGAAUAAAGGAAAUAUAUGUUUUAGAAUACUAAGUGCGUAAUCGGUAAGGAGCUAUAUAGAUGUCGUAUACUCAAAAAUUUCGCUGAAGGAAACAAACAAAAUACAUAAACAAGUAGAGUCUGUGAUUUUAUACAUAUGUAUAUCGUUAUACCAAAUAACGACGAACGCAAAGGCCAUAUCAAAAUCCAAUUAAUUUUAAAUAUAAUUAAGUGAAUAUUUACCGUUCUUCAUUUGGUUUAUUUUAAUUUGCAUAAUAUAAAUGGUAGUUUCACAUGGAUUUCAAGCGCAUACCUAAUACCUACAUAGGUAUCGCGUUGAGUGUCGACUGUCGAUAUGGGUACGCGGAGUUGCCAUGCGGCGGGCGGGGCCCACGGGACUCGGGGUGGUUCUUUCAUUGUACCGUAAAUGUUACGUGCUUGUUAAUUGUAUGUUAAUUAUUAGUGGCCGGCCCGGCUCCGCGCCGGCCGGCGUAGAUAAAAGCUAAUAAUUUGUUGUAUAAUGUAUGUAAAUCUAGUUUUAUCACGUUUAUUAUUAUAUUUUGUAAUUGUAAUGAAAGAUCUCAUUUUAUUAAUCGGUAUUUUCUAACAAGGCGCUUCAUUAGAUCAUGACUAAGCCUACCUCACAAACUUGAGACCGGCGGCGCGCGCCGCGGCCGGUCGGCAACAAGUCGACAACAAGAUCUCAAUUUGAUGAAAAUAAACUUAUAAAAAGACUGGGACGCUUUACUGAAUGUUGUGGGAUAGUAGUUUCUUUGAAGAUAUUACUUAAAUUAUGAUAUAGGAAGGAGCAUUUAUUUAGUGAACGGGCGCUACCGGCGCGACGCGCUGCGCUCCUCUUCCAAGCAAGUCGCUCGACUCGAUUAGUACAAAAAUUCUUACUAAAAGUAUUAUUUCCCAAAAUUUUCAAUUCAGAGAGUAUUAACUUAAUUUCAAUGAAAGGUGCUAUAACAAACUGUUUACGUUGACGUGUCAAGCACGAUCUUGGGAUAUUAAUAUCCCCAUAUUUUUGCAAUAUUUUGAGUAUAAAUUGGCAGAAUCAAAGUUCUUCCAAGACUAAAAAUAAAAAUCUAUUGUAAUCUACCAGUUUAUAUUCUAAACCAGCUUCAAUAUUUUGUUCCAUUGAACUACUAACGUAUGUUCUAUGUAUUAUAAAAUUGCAAGCCAAUGUAAAUUAGAUAUACAAAAUCGAUUUUAACUAUUGUAUUUACAACCAAUGACUACUCCAUAUGGAGUAGUUUUCACAACAUUUAUAAAACCAUUGCUGUCAAGAAAGUUAUAUUUUUCCAUCAACUUACAUUAUGAUCAGACAAUACCUAUCCAAAUACUAUAUUUGUAAGUGAGAAACAAUAAUAUAUAUGAGGUAAUCAAACUUGAGCAAAAUUGCUUGAUUUCUUUAGGACCAAGUUCGCACAUGUUCAUUAAAAUAAUCAUGAUUUACGAUAGAGCAAGGGCCCGUUUACACUGGGCGAUUUCUGCAAACAAAUGAAAGAGACGAGCAAAGUGUAAGCGAGUCCUAAGCUGGAAUUUAAGACGGUCGAAGUUAUUUCUGCUCAACUGAUUUACUCAUUUUAGUAAAAAAGAACAAAGUUUCUGCAUUUCAAAGUUCUUCAUUUAAACAUUACAUCUUGCUAAUUUCUACGUAUCAUCAAUAUCAUCAUAAAUGAUAAUGAUCAACCAGAAACUUUGGUCCUGUAUCAUUGAAUACGUUAUUAUGUUACGUUACAAGUGUUCUUAAUGUGGCAAGGCCAGGAAAUUAUAUAUUAUAUUCAUCGUUAAGUUUAUUUCCGUUUUAUUUCUUUAACAUUCGCUUGUCGACAAUAAGAUAUAUUAAUUAUAUUUUCUAAUUCCAACAUAGAAAUAUCACUUCACGGGGGAUCUUUGUAUGAAUGUUCAAACGUAGACUUUCGGCAACAUUGAGAUAGAAAUAAAACGUAGAAAUAAUUGCUAUCUCUUUCCAUCUUGGCGCUGUAGCAAUUCAUUGAUACACGUGUGACAGAGACAAACCUAUUUGUAUGUACACGAAUGAUUUGGCUGUUGCAUAGUGAGUGACAAUAGAUAUCAGAGUACUGUGUUUCGUCGCUGCCAACCAUAGUCAGUGGGCAUUAUUCUAUAGGCUGUGACCCUAUAAUAUCGGUAUUGAGUUAUUCUUUUUACAACAAAACCAAUAUUGGAGCCGGAAAUCAUAUUGUGAAUUGACCUGCAUAUUGACAAAAUUAGUGUAAUAUUAUGCAUAUCCAAUAUGCAUUGCAAUAUACUCAGUGACAUCAAUACCGAUUCAAAAACAUAGGUUUGGCAGCAUCGAAUAAAUGUCCAUAAUUCCACAGUUCGUAGAAUUCAAAUAUACCUUCCCUACAGAGUACUUCCGACACAACAUAGUGCCAUCGUAGGAAGACGCCACAUUAGCGUCUAUUUAGCGUCAGCGUCUAUCCAACUACGGUUCCUGCUUGACGCUGCGACGCCAUUUUCAACAGCGAUGAAUAGACGCCAACGCUUGAAAGACGCCACUGUGGAGUGGCCCUUACAGAUUUCUUAUUAUGCUGAACUGUUUUGAUCGAGUUCACGAAUAUCCUAUAAAAGGAUACCCGUCUUUAUACACGUUUUUAUUGCCAUGAUUAACAUAUUCUUAAUUAUUGGUUAAAAUAGUUUCAACUCAACCUCAAACAGGUUUAGAUAAUGAUAAAACUGUCCAAUAACAUCUUUCAUAGAUGGGCCAUUUUUGUUUUCAAAGUUGUCCACCCCACUUUUUUGUAACAUGGGUAUUUUUUUACAUGGGUAUUCAUACUCAGAAUCGCGAGGUCUUUCGAUCGAGAUAGGAGAAAAAGAAAUGUACCAAGAUUUCCAUAGGUACAUAUUUCAAACCUUCCAUUCCGUUACCGCCAUACAAAAUGUAUGAAAAAAUGGUAACGGAAUGGGGAAACCUUGGGACACUUUUUUCUCCUAUUAGGAUUGAAAGAGCUCGUGGUUCUGAGUGGAAACCACAUAAAAAAUUCCAAAUCCAAAAAAAAGUGGGGUAAAAAAAAUAGCCCAGAUAUUAUAAUUGUUACAAAAUCAACUAUCAUUAGGAGUUUCAUUAUAAUAGAAAUACAGAUAGAUGCUUUUACUGGAGAAGUUGUGUCAUUUAUGUAAUAGAAAAAUAAAUAUAAAAUUGUUAUAUAAUUAUAUGAUGAAUGGCAAAAUAUAUAUGUAUAUUUUAUUGUAUAGCGGAGUGAGUACUAUUUCAGAUUAUGUAAAUGGAAAAUGUUAUAGACCGAGAUGUGUUAAAAUAAGUUAACUGUUUGUAAAAAGAAGAGAAAAUAUGUAUAACUGAAUAUUUGCUA